CCGACUUCCCGUUCAUAGGUUUUCCUGCUAACAACUCACACGUCUCCGUCUGGCUGCUUCUCCUCGGUAGGAGGUCGGCGUGAAUUCCGGCGACUCCGGGGGUCUACACUCCAUUCCAGAAAUGAACUCAGUGACUUUGGAGGAGGUGGCUGUGAACUUUACCAUGGAGGAAUGGGCUUUGCUGGACCCUUCCCAGAAGAAACUCUACAGAGAUGUCAUGAAGGAAGUCUUUAGGAACUUGGCUUCUGUGGGAGACAAAUGGGAAGAUCAAAGUAUUGGAGAUGAGAAUAAAAAUUCUAGAAGAAAUCUAAGGUACAUCUUACCUUACUUUGGACACAAACCUCAUGUCAAUAAGGAAUAUGGCCAGAAGCCCUAUGAACUUAGACAACACGGGAAAUCCUUCACUUCUCUCAGAAGUGUUGAAAGAGAAAUGGGACACAUUGGAAAAGGAGCCCAUAAAUGUAUGACAAGUGGAAAAGUCCUCAUUCAUUCUAGUGCCAUUAAAAAACGUGAACAAGCUCAGAUUAGAGAGAAGCCCUAUCAACAUAAACGAUGUGGUACAGGUUUCCUUUCAUCAGUUUCCACUGAGAGAUGUGAACAGACUCCUAAUAGCCAGAAGACAUAUGAAUGUAAACAAUGUGGAAAAGCCUUUAAAUCAUCUGCUUCCAUUAAAAAACAUGAGCAAAUUCAUACUACAAAGAAACUCUAUGAAUGUAAACCAUGUCAUAAGUUCUUUAUCUAUCUCGGAAGUUUUGAAAGACACAUGAUAAUUAAGCACAAUAAAAAUGAACUUUUUAAAUGUAAGGUAUGUGAGAAAGUAUUCCUUUAUUCCAGUAGAUUUAUUAUACAUCAAAGAACUCAUACUGGAGAGAAGCCCUAUGAAUGCAAGCAAUGUGGUAAAGCUUUCUUCUCCAUCACGAAUGUUAAUCAUCACGUGAAGUCUGUGCACACUGAAAAUGGUCCUUUGAAAUGUAAGAUCUGUGGGAAAGCCUUUCAUUUUCUUAGUUUGUUUAGAAGACAUGAAAGAUUUCAUACUGGAGAGAAGCCCUAUGAAUGUCAGCAGUGUGGUAAAACUUUCAGUGUUUCCAGUUCCUUUCAUAGACAUAGAAGAAGUCAUAGUGGGGAGAAGCCUUAUGAAUGUAAACAAUGUGAUAAAAGCUUCACAUGUCGUAGAUCCCUUCAAGAACAUGAAAGAACUCAUAUAGGGGAGAGGCCCCAUAAAUGUAAAGAAUGUGGUAAAGCCUAUAAUAAUGCCAGUACAUUUAGAAGACACAAAAGAACUCAUACUGGAGAAAAGCCCUAUCCAUGUAAACAGUGUGGAAAAGCUUUCCCUGUUUACUCUUCCCUUCAAAGACAUAAAAGACUUCACACUGGAGAAAAACCCUAUCAAUGUAAACACUGUGGUAAAGUCUUUGCUAGCGAUUACAUUAAAAAACAUGAAAGGGCUCACAUUGAAAAGAAUUGGUAGUAACGAAAAAGAAAAGUCAUUGUUCAGUGAGUUAUAAACAUAAGAGAACUUAAACUUCAGAACAACCCUCUGGAUACAAAAAAAAAAAAAUUAGUACUUCAUUCAGUUUUCCCAAAGAUAUUAAAGGAGUUCACUGUAGAUGUUAUGUAUGUGUGCAUACAUAUUCAUUGCUGGUUUUCCAGUGUAGUACCUUGCAAAUGCUAAGCAAGCAUUUGAGUUUCAUUUCUACUCCAGAACAGUUUGUUUGUGUGUAAAAAAUAUUGUCUAUCAUUGAAUUUUUCUGGUUGCUUCACACUGGAAAGUAAACUUGAAUUUAUGAUGUUUCAUUUCUCAAGCAUGAAAUUACUUAAUUGGUGAGAAACCCUUUGUUAAAAGUGAUAAAGCAUUCAGUUUUCCCACUUCUUUUCUAGAGCAUACGAUGCAUGUAAGAAUUCCAGUUCUCUUCCACAGUGUGAAAGAACUUAUUCCACAGAAAAACUCUUACAGGGCUGGUGUGAUGGCUCAGAGUGUGAAGGCGCUUGCUACCAGCCUGAAAACUUGAGUUCAAUCUCUGAAUAUAUUGGAAAGAAAGAAUUGAUUCUGCCAAGUUGGCCUCUGACCUCGUGGCACCUUGUGGCAUAUGCUCACAAAUAUACAAAUAAAUAUAUAGAAAGACUCUUAAAAAGGAAUGUAGGGAAAGUAUUCAUUUUCCACAUUUCAAAGACAGGGACACAGUCAAUAUUGUGCUGGAAGUCUUAGAGAAGUAAGACAAGAGAAACAGAAGAAAUACAAAUAGGAAAGGAAGGAAGAAGUCACAGUACCCUUACUUUUAGGUGAUGCUAUACAGAAGGGACUGGAAGGACUCAUAAAACUCUUAGAAUUGGCAGACAUGUUCAGUAAUGGGCCAGGAUAUAAUAUUGCCAUGCAAAAAUCAUUAGAUUUCUGACAAACCAAUAAUACACUGAGAAAGAAAGAGAAACAAUCCCACUUGACAAUCUAAGGAUCAAUUGUAAUCACUAUGAAAAUUCAAAUGACAUUUUUUUCACAGAAAUAGAAAAACAAUCUUAAUAUUCAUCUGGAAGCACAAAAGACUCCAGAUAGCCAAAGAAAUCCUGGACAACAACAAAAGACUAGAGGAAACACCAUAGCUGUUUUCAAGUUACACUCCUGAGCCACAGUAAUGAAAACAGGAUA